GGUCUUUGUGAUGAGGUACAGCGUGGCACAUGCCGCACAGUGAGGAGGGCAAGCUUGGUGCUGGUGUGGUGUUUUGGGACAGGUGCUCAGCUGGACCUUGAGUUGGGGCAGCAGGCCUGGCGCUGGGACGAGAGGGAGGAGAUGCUCCUGCCAAUGAAAAAGAGCCUAUUUGGGGGGUGGUGGUGGGUCCAGAAAGAGGAAAAUCGACACUUCUGGACCACCAUACCAUCUGGUGAUGCUACCUGCAGGGAUGGGAUGUGUCAGGGGAGACGGCACCCGGAUGGGGAAGAGGGGCCAUGUGGAGGGCUUUACCCUGGAUUAAGCUGGAUUUUCCAGGACAGGUGAAGUGGCCACGUGGGGAAAAGGCAGGGGGCUCUAAGCACAGCAGGGUCUCAUCCCCACUCUGUCCUUCCCUCUCACCCCACUCGCAGAUUCCCCCGCCUCCCCCCACCCCCACCACCAUGGAUCACUCCUCGUUCAGCGGUGCACCUCGCUUCCUAACCCAGCCCAAGGCCUUCGUGGUGUCGGUGGGCAAAGACGCCACGCUGAGCUGCCAGAUCGUGGGCAACCCCACGCCGCAGGUCAGCUGGGAGAAGGACCUGCAGCAGGUGGAGGCGGGCACUCGCUUCCGCCUGGCCCAGGACGGCGACCUGUACCGCCUCACCAUCUUGGACCUGGCGCUGGGUGACAGCGGGCAGUAUGUAUGCCGUGCGCGCAACGCCAUCGGCGAAGCCUUCGCGGCGGUCGGCCUGCAGGUGGACGCCGAGGCAGCGUGCGCUGAGCAGGCACCCCACUUUCUGCUGCGGCCCACAUCCAUCCGCGUGCGCGAGGGAGCCGAGGCCACCUUCCGCUGCCGUGUGCGCGGUUCGCCGCCGAUGUCUGUGAGCUGGGCCAAGGAUGGGCGGCGCCUGGGCGCGCUGGACGCUCCCCGAGUGCGCGUGGAGGCGAGCGGCGAGGCGAGCGCGCUGCGCAUCCUGGCUGCGCGGCCGCGCGACAGCGGCACUUACACGGUGCACGCGGAGAACCCGCUGGGCGCCGCUAGUGCCGCCGCCGGACUUUCAGUGGACAAGGAAACAGACACAAACUGCCCGCCUGGGGCCUCCACAGCCAUGCUCCUGGCGCACCUGCAGCUGCGGCGCGAGGCCAUGCGCACCGAGGGCGCCCCGGCCUCGCCGCCCAGCGCCUGCACGCGCACCUGCACGGUGACUGAGGGCAAGCACGCGCGCCUCAGCUGCUUCGUGACGGGUGAGCCCAAGCCUGAGAUAGUGUGGAAGAAGGAUGGGCAGCUGGUGGCCGAGGGCCGGCGACAUGUGGUGUAUGAGGACGCGCAGGAGAACUUCGUGCUCAAGAUCCUCUUCUGCAAGCAGUCAGACUGUGGCCUCUAUACUUGCACGGCGUCCAACCUCGUGGGCCAGACCUACAGCUCCGUGCUAGUCGUUGUGCGAGAGCCCAAGGUGCCCUUCAGAAAGCGGCUGCAGGACCUGGAGGUGCCAGAGAAAGCGUCGGCCACGUUCCAGUGUGAGGUGCCGCAGCCGCCCAUGGAGACUGCGUGGUAUAAGGAGGAGACGCGGCUGUGGGCCGGUGCCAAGUACCUCAUCGAGGAGGCAGGCGCUGAGCGCCGGCUGACCGUGCUCAACGUCACCUCCGAUGACGAUGCUGUGUACAUCUGCGAGACGGCAGAGGGCAGUCGCACGGUGGCCGAGCUGGCGGUGCAAGGCAACCUCCUUCGAAAGCUCCCGAGGAAGACAGCUGGGCGAGUGGGAGACACGGCCGUGUUCUGUGUGGAGCUGGCCAAGCCAGAGGGCCCCAUCCACUGGCUGUGGAACCAGAAGGAGGUGGUGGCCGGGGGCCGAGUGGCCAUUACUGCCGAAGGCACGUGCCACACGCUGACCGUCUCCCAGUGCAGCCUGGAUGAUGCCGGUGAGGUGGCCUUUGUGGCUGGGGGCUGCCGGACGUCCACCCAGUUCUGCGUGUCAGCCCCCAGAAGGCCGCUCCUGCGUGCUCCUGAGGCCCCUGUGGUGAAGGCCAGGACAGAGAGCUCCGUGACCCUUGGCUGGUCACCACCACCCCAUGGGGACCGCCCUGUUGCUAUCGAUGGCUACCUGGUGGAAAAGAAGAGAGUGGGCACCUACCCCUGGAGCCGGUGCCAUGAAGACGAGUGGGUGGCUAUGCCUGAGCUGACUGUGGCUGGUGUGGCCGAGGAGGGGGAAUUCCAGUUCAGGGUGUCAGCUGUGAACAGCUUUGGCCACAGCCCCUACCUCGAGUUCCCGGGAACUGUACACCUGGCCCCGCAGCUGGCUGUGAAAACACCUCUGAAGGCGGUAGAGGCAGUGGAAGGCGGCGAGGUGACCUUCUCUGUAGACCUCACUACGGCCUCAGCAGGGGAGUGGUUCCUGGACGGGCAGGCCCUGAAGGCCAGCAGUGUGUAUGUGAUACACUGUGAUGGCACCCGGCACACUCUCACCAUUCGCUUGGUGCCUGUCAGCCUGCACGGGGCUGAGCUCAAGUUCGUGGCCAAUGGUAUCGAGAGCAGCAUCCGCAUGGAGGUCCGAGCAGCCCUGGGGCUGACGACCAAGGGUCCGGCAGCAGCAGUGGCAGCACGGGAGGUGCUGGCCCGGCUGCACGAGGAGGCCCAGCUCCUGGCCGAGUUAUCGGACCAGGCUGCAGCUGUGACGUGGCUCAAGGACGGACACGCACUGUCUCCAGGCCCCAAGUAUGAGGUGCAGGCGUCAGCCGGGCAGCGGGCACUGCUAGUGCGGGACGUGAAGCAAGAAGACGCAGGCCUGUAUGAGUGUGUCAGCCACGGGGACCGCAUCACCUACCAACUGUUGGUGCAAGAGUCCUCUGCGGUGUUUAUCAAGGGACAGCCAGCACAUAAAGAGGUGCAGGCCAUGGUGGGGGCCAGCACCACACUGAGCUGCGAGGUGGCCCAGGCCCAGACGGAGGUGAUGUGGUACAAGAACAGGAAGAAGCUGAAUUCGAGCUCAAAAGUGCAUGUGGAGGCCAAGGGCUGCACCCGGAGGCUGGUGGUGCAGCAGGUGGGCAAGGCAGACGCCGGGGAGUACAGCUGCGAGGCCGGGGGCCAGAAGGUCUCCUUCCACCUGGAUGUCACAGAGCCCAAGGUGGUGUUUGCCAAGGAGCAGCCGGAACGCACUGAAGUGCAGGCCGUGGCGGGGGCCAGUGCCACGCUGAGCUGCGAGGUGGCCCAGGCCCAGACGGAGGUGACGUGGUACAAGGAUGGAAAGAAGCUGAGUUCGAGCUCGAAAGUGCAUGUGGAGGCCACGGGCCAAGGGCGGCGGCUGGUGGUGCAGCAGGCGGGCAAGGCAGACGCCGGGGAGUACAGCUGCGAGGCCAGGGGCCAGAGGGUCUCCUUCCACCUGGAUGUCACAGAGCCCAAGGAGGUGUUUGCCAAGGAGCAGCCAGCACACAGCGAAGUGCAGGCCAUGGCGGGGUCCAGUGCCACGCUGAGCUGCGAGGUGGCCCAGGCCCAGACAGAGGUGACGUGGUACAAGGAUGGAAAGAAGCUGAGUUUGAGCUCUAAAGUGCGUGUGGAGGCCACAGGCCGAGGGCGACGGCUGGUGGUGCAGCAGGCGGGCAAGGCAGACGCCGGGGAGUACAGCUGCGAGGCCGGGGGCCAGAGGGUCUCCUUCCACCUGGAUGUCACAGAGCCCAUGGUGGUGUUUGCCAAAGAGCAGCCAGCACGCAGUGAAGUGCAGGCCGUAGCGGGGGCCAGUGCCGUGCUGAGUUGCGAGGUGGCCCAGGCCCCGACGGAGGUGACGUGGUACAAGGAUGGAAAGAAGCUGAGUUCGAGCUCGAAAGUGCGUGUGGAAGCCAAGGGCUGCACCCGGCAGCUGGUGGUGCAGCAGGCAGGGAAGGUGGAUGCUGGAGAGUACAGCUGUGAAGCCAGGGGCCAGAGGGUCUCCUUCCACCUGGAUGUCACAGAGCCCAAGGCGGUGUUUGCCAAGGAGCAGCCGGCACGCAGUGAAGUGCAGGCCAUGGCGGGGGCCAGUGCCACGCUGAGCUGCGAGGUGGCCCAGGCCCAGACGGAGGUGACGUGGUACAAGGAUGGAAAGAAGCUGAGUUCGAGCUCGAAAGUGCGUGUGGAGGCCACGGGCUGCACCCGGAGGCUGGUGGUGCAGCAGGCGGGCAAGGCAGACGCCGGGGAGUACAGCUGCGAGGCCGGGGGCCAGAGGGUCUCCUUCCACCUGGAUGUCACAGAGCCGGAACUUGAGCCCCCGACCCUGGAGAGACCCAGACGCAGGGAACCUCUGGUGGUCAGGGAACACGAGGACAUCGUCCUGACAGCCACGCUGGCCGCACCCUCUGUGGCCGCGGUGACUUGGCUCAAGGAUGGUGUGGAGAUUCGCAGCAGCAAGCGGCACGAGACGGCCAGCCUGGGGGACACCCACACCCUGACUGUGCGUGGCGCACAGAUCCUGGACAGUGCCGUCUACUGCUGCCGCCUGGGCGCAGAGGAGCAGGACUUCCCGGUGCAAGUGGAAGAGGUGGCUGCCAAGUUCUGCCGUCCCCUGGAGCCCGUGAGCGGGGAGCUGGGCGGCACAGUGAAGCUGGUCUGCGAGCUGAGCCCGGCACAGGCCCAGGUGGUGUGGCGCCGCGGGAGCACGCAACUCCGGGCCGGCAAACGCUUCCAGAUGGCAGCUGCGGGACUUCAGCGCUCGCUCACUGUGUCGGACCUGCGGGCAGAAGAUGCGGGGGAGUACGUGUGCGAGAGCCGCGACGACCACACCAGCGCCAUGCUCACCGUGAGCGUCCCCCGCGUGGUCAAGUUCACGUCUGGGCUGAGCGCAGUGGUCGCGGAAGAGGGCUGCAAGGCCACCUUCCAGUGCACGGUGACUCCCAGCGACGUGGCGGUGACAUGGUUCCGGGAUGGCGUCAAGCUACAGUCCUGCGAGAAGUUUCUCAUAUCGCAGAAGGGUGCCAGCCACAGCCUGACUAUCUUGGGCCUGGCCCUGGAGGAUGCCGGCCAGAUCACCGCGGAGGCUGAGGGCAUCAAGACCGUGGCUGCCCUCCGGGUCCGAGAGGCCCCAGUGUUGUUCAAGAAAAAGCUGGAGCCACAGACUGUGGAAGAGUGGAGCUCGGUGACCAUGGAGGUGGAGCUGACGCGGCCAUGGCCGGAGGUCAAGUGGACACGCAACGCCGCGGCCCUGGUGGCAGGCGAGAAUGUGGAGAUACACGCCGAGGGCUCAAGUCACCGCUUGGUUCUCCGCAGUGUGGGUUUCGCUGACCGUGGUUUCUAUGGCUGCGAGACAGCGGAUGAUAAGACGCAGGCCAAGCUGACUGUGGAAAUGCGCCAGGUCCGGCUUGUGCGGGGCCUGCAGACAGUGGAGGUGCAGGAGCAGGGCACAGCCACGAUGGAAGUAGAGCUGUCCCAUGCUGAUGUGGAGGGCAGCUGGACUCGAGAUGGCCUUCGGCUCCAGCCGGGACCCACGUGCCAGCUGGUGGUGCACGGCCCCACCCAUACCCUUACGCUGUCUGGGCUGCAGAGGCAGGACAGUGGCCUGGUUUCCUUCAGGGCGGAGGGCGUGCACACAUCUGCACGGCUGGUGGUCACUGAGCUGCCUGUGAAGUUCAGCCGCCCUCUGCAGGAUGUGGUGGCCACGGAAAAGGACAAGGUGGUCCUAGACUGUGAGCUCUCACGCCCCAAUGUGGAUGUGCGCUGGUUGAAGGACGGUGUGGAGCUGCGGGGGAGCAAGACGGUGGGCAUGGGGGCCCAGGGGGCCUGCAGGAGUCUCAUCAUUUACCGAUGUGAGCUUGGGGACCAGGGCGUGUAUGUGUGUGAUGCCCACGAUGCUCAGAGCUCGGCCUCCCUGAAGGUGCAAGGCCGAAAUGUCCAGAUCGUGAGGCCUCUGGAGGAUGUAGAAGUGAUGGAGAGGGAAGGUGCCACCUUCUCCUGCGAGGUCUCCCACGAUGAGGUGCCUGCCCAGUGGUUCCGGGAGGGCAGCAAGCUUCGGCCCAGUGACAAUGUGCGGAUCCGCCAGGAAGGAAGGACAUACACUCUCAUCUAUCGGAGGGUCCUGGUGGAAGAUGCAGGGGAAAUCAAAUUUGUAGCACAACGUGCAGAAUCACGAGCCCAGCUCCGAGUAAAAGAGCUGCCAGUAUCCAUCCUACGCCCGCUGCGGGACAAGAUCGCAAUAGAGAAGCACCGUGGUGUGCUCGAGUGCCAGAUGUCGAGGGCCAGUGCCCAGGUGCGGUGGUUCAAGGGCAGCGUGGAACUGCAGCCUGGGGCCAAGUAUGAGAUGGUCAGUGACGGCCUCUACCGCCAGCUAGUCAUCAACGCCGUCCAGCCUGAGGACGAGGACACUUAUACCUGUGAUGCUGGCGAUGUUAAGACCAGUGCCCAGUUCUUUGUGGAAGAGAAAUCCAUCACUAUCGUGCGGGGCCUGCAGGAUGUGACGGUGAUGGAGCCUGCCCCUGCUUGGUUCGAGUGUGAGACCUCCAUCCCCUCGGUGCGGCCGCCUAAGUGGCUCCUGGGGAAGACAGUGCUGCAGGCAGGGGCUGACGUGGGAAUGGAACAGGAGGGUACAGUGCACCGGCUGACGCUGCGGCGUACCUGCUCCACCAUGACUGGGCCGGUGCACUUCACCAUUGGCAAAUCACGCUCCACCGCCUGCCUGGUCGUCUCAGACAUUCCCAUGGUGCUCACGCGGCCACUAGAGCCCAAGGUGGGGCGCGAGCUGCAGUCGGUAGUCCUGUCCUGUGACUUCAAGCCAGCCCCCAAGACCGUGCAGUGGUACAAGGAGGAGACACCCCUGGUGCCAUCUGACAAGUUCAAGAUGAGGCUGGAGGGCCACAUGGCAGAGCUGUGCAUCCUGCGGCUCAGACCCGCGGAUGCUGGUGUCUACCGGUGCCAGGCUGGCAGUGCCCAGAGCAGCGCCGAGGUUACUGUGGAAGUGCGGGAGGUGACGGUGACGCAGCCACUGCAGGACUUGGAGGUCACGGAGGAGGGCUGUGCCUGCUUCUCCUGCGAGCUGUCCCACGAGGACGAGGAGGUGGAGUGGUCGCUCAAUGGGACGCCACUGUAUAACGACAGCUUACAUGAGAUUACCCAUGAGGGCCGCCGCCACACGCUGGUGCUGAAGCAGGUCCAAUGGGCUGACACGGGCACCGUAUGCGCCUCCUCGCCCAAAGUUAUGGCCUCGGCCCGCCUGGAGGUCAAAGGGAAGCCGGUGGUGUUCCUGAAGGCGUUGGACGACGUGUCCGUGGAGGAGUGGGGCACGCUGGCCUUGCGGUGCGAGGUCUCUGACCACCAGGCUCGUGUGGUGUGGCGAAAAGACGGCAUGGAGUUGGGCCCCAGUGACAAGUAUGAAUUCCCGUGCACAGCGGGCACUCGGGGACUCGUGGUGCACAGCCUGAGCAGGGACGACGCUGGCCUGUACACCUGCGACGUGGGCACUGAUGAGACCAGGGCCCACGUCAGCGUGCACGACCUGCACGUGGGCAUCACCAAGAGGCUGAAGACAGUGGAGGUGAUGGAGGGCGAGAGCUGCAGCUUUGAGUGUGUCCUGUCCCAUGAGAACGCUAGCGAUGUUGCUGUAUGGAUGGUUGGUGGGAAAACGGUGGGCAGCUCUGGCCGCUUCUGGGCCACACGCCAGGGCCGCAAGUAUACGCUGGCUGUCCGAGAUGCUCUGCCAAGUGACGCUGGGGAGGUGGUCUUCUCUGUGCGGGGCCUCACCUCCAAGGCCUCGCUCAUCAUCAGAGAGAGGCCAGUUGACAUUAUGAAGCCACUGGAAGACCAGCGGGCCAUGCUGGGUGAGGACGUGGUGCUGAGGUGUGAGCUGUCACGGGAGGGGACCCCAGUGUGCUGGCUGAAGGAUGGGAAAGCCAUUCGUAAGAGUCGGAAGUAUGAGCCUCUCAUCGAAGGCACUCGAGCCAUGCUGGUCAUCCAUGCAGCCUCACUCAAAGAUUCUGGCGAGUACACGUGUGAGACGGAGUCUUCCAAAAGCACAGCCAGCCUCCGAGUGGAAGAAAAGCCAAACCAGUUCACGGAGGAGCUGGCUGACCUACAGGUAGAGGAGAAGGGCACAGCUGUGUUUGCCUGCAAGACGGAGCGCCCCGCGGCCUCAGUGACAUGGCGCAAGGGCCUCACAGAGCUGCAAACCUCGGAGAAGCAUGCUCCCAGCCAGGAGGGCCUGACCUUGAGGCUUACCAUCAGCGCCCUGGAGAAGGCGGACAGCGACACUUACACCUGUGACAUUGGCCAGGCCCAGUCCCAGGCUCGGCUCCUGGUGAAAGGCCAGAAAGUGCUCAUCACAGAGGACCUGAAGGACUUGGAGGUGCAGGAGGGCUCCUCGGCCACCUUCUGCUGCCGUAUCUCCCCUGCCGACUACAAGCCCGUCCACUGGUUCUUGGACAAAACCCCACUGUCUGCCAACAAACUCAGUGAGAUCAAGGUCCAGCCAGGUGGCUACCAUGUGCUUACCCUGCGGCAGCUGGCCCUCAAGGACUCAGGCACCAUCCAUUUUGAGGCAGGCGACCAGCGGACCUCAGCUGCCUUGCAGGUCAUAGAGAAGCCAGGUGUUUUCUCCCGGGAGCUCACAGAUGCCGCAGUCAUGGAGGGGGAAGAUCUGACCCUGGUCUGUGAGACUGCUGCUUUAGACAACCCUGUGUGCUGGACCAAGGACGGGAAGGCCCUGCGGCCAUCGGCUCGGUGCCGUCUGAGCUAUGAGGGCCGCCGAGCCCAACUGGUCAUCACUGACACCACCCUUCAGGACGGUGGGCGCUACAAGUGUGAGGCUGGCGGUGCCUGGAGCAGCUCCGUUGUCAGGGUCCAUGCUCAGCCAGUGCGGUUCCAAGAGGGGCUGAAGGACGCGGAGGUACUGGAGGGUGGUGCUGCCACACUACACUGCAUGCUGUCAUCGGUGGCCAUGCCCGUGGAGUGGCGUCGUGGAGAUGAGGUUGUGAAGCCUGGAGGCAAGUACAGCCUGCGGCAGGAGGGUACCAUGCUGGAACUGCUCAUCCGGGACCUGCGGCCUCAGGACAGCGGGCAGUACUCCUGCUGCUUCAGGGACCAGAUAACAUCGGCCAGGCUCACCGUACAGGCCCUACCUGCUGAGUUCAUAGGAAGACUGAGAAGCAAGGAGGCCACGGAAGGGACCACGGCCACGCUGCGCUGUGAGCUGAGCAAGGCAGCCCCUGUGGAGUGGAGGAAGGGGUCUGAGACCCUCAGAGCUGGAGACAGAGCGAGCCUGAGGCAGGAUGGAGCCGUGUGUGAGCUGGAGAUCCGUGGCCUGACCGUGGAGGAUGCUGGGGAGUACUCGUGUGUGUGCGGGCAGGAGAAGACAUCAGCCACGCUCACCAUCAGGGGCCUGCCUGCCAAGUUCACAAAGGGUCUGAGGAAGGAAGAGGCCAUGGAAGGGGCGACGGCCAUGAUGCGCUGUGAGCUGAACAAGGCAGCCCCCGUGGAGUGGAUGAAGGGGCCCGAGACCCUCAGAGCCAGGGACAGAGUGAGCCUGAGGCAGGACGGAGCCGUGUGUGAGCUGGAGAUCCGUGACCUGGUUGUGGCAGAUGCCGGGGAGUACUUGUGCGUGUGCGGGCAGGAGAGAACAGCGGCCAGGCUGACUGUCAGGGCCCUGCCCACCAAAUUCACAAAGGGUCUGAGGAAGGAGGAGGCCACAGAAGGGACCACGGCCACACUGCACUGUGAGCUGAGCAAGGCGGCCCCCGUGGAGUGGAGGAAGGGACCCGAGAUCCUCAGAGCCGGGGACAGAGUGAGCCUGAAGCAGGACGGGGCCGUGUGUGAGCUGGAGAUCCGUGGCCUGGCUGUGGCGGACACUGGGGAGUACUCGUGUGUGUGCGGGCAGGAGAGGACCUCAGCCACGCUCACUGUCAGGGCCCUGCCUGCCAAGUUCACAAAGGGUCUGAAGAAUGAAGAAGCCAUGGAAGGGGCCACGGCCACCCUGCGCUGUGAGCUGAGCAAGGCGGCCCCUGUGGAGUGGAGUAAGGGGCCCGAGACCCUCAAACCUGGGGACAGAGUGAGCCUGAAGCAGGAUGGGGCCAAGUGUGAGCUGCAGAUACAUGGCCUGGUUGUGGCGGACUCCGGGGAGUACUCGUGUGUGUGCGGGCAGGAGAGGACUUCUGCCACACUGGCCAUCAGGGCCCUACCUGCUCGGUUCAUCCAAGAUCUGAAGACCAAGGAGGCCACAGAAGGGGCCACUGCCAUACUGCACUGUGAGCUGAGCAAGGAAGCCCCGGUGGAGUGGAGGAAGGGGCCCAAGGCCCUCAGAGCUGGGGACAGAGUGAGGCUGAGGCAGGAUGGAGCCAUGUGUGAAAUGGAGAUCUGUGGCCUGGUUGUGGCAGAUGCUGGGGAGUACUCAUGCGUCUGUGGGCAGGAGAAAACCUCAGCCAUGCUCACCGUCAGGGCCCUACCUGCUGAGUUCAUAGGAAGACUGAGAAGCAAGGAGGCCACAGAAGGGACCACGGCCACGCUGCACUGUGAGCUGAGCAAGGAAGCUGCUGUGGAGUGGAAGAAGGGAGCUGAGACCCUCAGAGCUGGAGACAGAGUGAGCCUGAGGCAGGACGGAGCUGUGUGUGAGCUGGAGAUCCGUGGCCUGACCGUGGAGGAUGCUGGGGAGUACUCGUGCAUGUGCGGGCAGGAGAGGACAUCAGCCACACUCACCGUCAUGGGCCUUCCUGCCAAGUUCACAAAGGGUCUGAGGAAGGAAGAGGCCACGGAAGGGGCCAUGGUCAUGCUGCACUGUGAACUGAGUAAGGCAGCCCCCGUGGAAUGGAGGAAGGGGCCUGAGACCCUCAGAGCCGGGGACAGAGUGAGCCUGAGGCAGGACGGGGCCGUAUGUGAGCUGGAGAUCCAUGGCCUGACUGUGGAGGAUGCUGGGGAGUACUCGUGUGUGUGCGGGCAGGAGAAGACAUCAGCCACGCUCACCAUCAGGGGCCUGCCUGCCAAGUUCACAAAGGGUAUGAAGAAGGAAGAGGCCAUGGAAGGGGCCACGGCCACGCUGCACUGUGAGCUGAACAAGGCAGCCCCUGUGGAGUGGAGGAAGGGUCCCGAGACCCUCAGAGCCAGGGACAGAGUGAGCCUGAGGCAGGACGGGGCCAUGUGUGAGCUGGAGAUCCGUGACCUAGUUGUGGCAGAUGCCGGGGAGUACUCGUGUGUGUGUGGUCAGGAGAAAACCUCAUCCACACUCACUGUCAGGGCCCUUCCUACCAAGUUCACAAAGGGUCUGAGGAAGGAGGAGGCCACAGAAGGGGCCACGGCCACACUGCACUGCGAGCUGAGCAAGGCAGCCCCUGUGGAGUGGAGGAAGGGGCCUGAGACCCUCAGAGCUGGAGACAGAGUGAGCCUGAGGCAGGAUGGAGCCGUGUGUGAGCUGGAGAUCCGUGGCCUGACCGUGGAGGAUGCUGGGGAGUACUCGUGUGUGUGCGGGCAGGAGAGGACAUCAGCCACGCUCACCGUCAGGGGCCUGCCUGCCAAGUUCACAAAGGGUCUGAGGAAGGAAGAGGCCACGGAAGGGGCCAUGGUCAUACUGCACUGUGAACUGAGCAAGGCAGCCCCCGUGGAGUGGAUGAAAGGGCCCGAGACCCUCAGAGCCGGGGACAGAGUGAGCCUGAGGCAGGACGGGGCCGUAUGUGAGCUGGAGAUUCGUGGCCUGGUUAUGGCGGAUGCCGGGGAGUACUCUUGUGUGUGCGGGCAGGAGAGGACCUCUGCCACGCUGACCAUUAGGGCCCCACAGGUGGUGUUCAGGAAGCCACUGCAGAGCCUGCAGGCUGAGGAGGGCACCUCAGCCAGCCUGCGGUGUGAGCUGUCUGAGCCUAGCGCCGCUGUGGUCUGGAGUAAGGGUGGCCUGGAGCUGCAGGCUGACGAGCGCUGGGAGCCACAGCAGCGGGGCCACGUGGCGGAGCUGGUGUUUCGGGACUUGCGCCGGGAGGACACUGGAGAAUACACCUGCACCUGCGGCUCCCAGGCCACCAGCGCCACCCUCACCGUCACAGUUGCACCCGUGAGGUUCCUUCGGGAGCUGCAGGCCCAGGAGGUAGACGAGGGUGCAACGGCACACCUGCGCUGUGAACUGAGCCGGGCAGGUGCCAGCGUGGAGUGGCACAAGGGCUACCUGCAGCUCUUCCCCUGUGCCAAGUACCAGAUGGUGCUAGAGGGCACAGCCGCUGAGCUGCUGGUGCACGGUGCUGAGCAGGAGGAUGCCGGCCCCUACACCUGCGACACAGGCCAUGCACAGAGCACUGCCAGCCUCUCUGUCCGCGCCCCUAGGCCCACGUUUAAGACGGAGCUGCAGAGUACAGAGCAGGAGGCGGGUGGUGUGGCCCGGCUGUGCUGCCAGCUGAAUGACUCAGAGCCUGGGGCCCCCGUGCUGUGGCUCAAGGAGGGUGUGGAACUGCAAGGGAGUCCCAAGUAUGAGAUGAGAUGCAAGGGGGCCACGUGUGAGCUGCUGAUCCACGGACUUGAGGCCAAGGACACGGGCGAGUACACCUGCAUGGUGGGCAGCCAGAAAACCUUGGCCUCCCUCACAGUCAAAGAGCCUGAGGUGACCAUUGUGCGGGGCCUGGUUGACACCGAGGUGCAGGCCGACGGGGAAGCAGAGUUCAGCUGUGAAGUGUCGCGGGCUGAGUCCGUGGAUGUGGAGUGGCGUCUCCAGGGCCUGCCACUGCAGAGCAGUGAGGUGACAGAAGUGGCCGUGCGGGGUGGCCGCACCCAUACACUGCGGCUGAAGAGCGUGACUCCCGAGGAUGCGGGCACUGUCUCCUUCCGCGUGGGCCUCCACACAUCCUCUGCCGAACUCACGGUCACAGCCCCUGAGGUGACCAUCCUGGAGCCCCUGCAGGAUGUGCAACUCAGCGAGGGCCAGGACGCCCACUUCCAGUGCCGACUGUCAAGGACCUUGGGCCAGGAGGCCCACUGGGCCCUGGGAGGGGUGCCCCUGCAGGCCAAUGAGAUGAACGACAUCACGGUGGAGCAUGGCACACUCCACUUGCUCACCCUGCACAAGGUGACCCCUGAAGAUGCCGGAACCAUCAGUUUCCAAGUGGGCUCAUGUCACUCAGAGGCCCAGCUGAAGGUCACAGCCAAGAACACUGUGGUGAGAGGCCUGGAGAACGUGGAGGCACCUGAGGGCGGUGAGGCGCUGUUCGAGUGCCUCUUGUCCCAGCCGGAGGUGGCCGCCCACACCUGGCUGCUGGAUGAUGAGCCGGUGCGCACCUCUGAGAACGCCGAGGUGGUUUACUUUGAGAACGGCCUGCGGCACCUGCUGCUGCUCAAAAACCUGCGGCCUCGAGACAGCUGCCGGGUGACCUUCCUGGCGGGGGACGUGGUGACAUCUGCGUUCCUCACAGUCCGGGGCUGGCGCUUGGAGGUCUUGGAGGCACCCCGGGACGCAGCCGUGCUGGCCGGGGGGCGGGCCAGCUUCAGCUGCACGCUCAGCGAGACAGUGCCGGUGGGUGAGGCGACCUGGUACAUAAACGGAGCCUCGGUGCAGCCUGACGACGCAGACUGGACAGUCACCGCCGAAGGCAGCCACCACACCCUGCUGCUGCACCGGGCCCGGCUGCACCACGCCGGCGAGGUCACCUUCGCCGCCCGUGAUGCCGUGGCCUCUGCGAGGCUCACUGUGCUGGGCCUCCCCGACCCCCCAGAGGACGCCGAGGUGGUGGGGCGCAGUGACAGCUCCGUGACACUAUCUUGGGUGUCUCCCACGAGUGACGGCGGAGGCGGCCUCUGUGGCUAUCGGGUAGAGGUGAAGGCAGCGGCCACAGGAGAGUGGCAGCUGUGCCACGAGCUGGUGCCCGGGCCCGAGUGCCUGGUGGAUGGCCUGGUCCCCGGGGAGACCUACCGCUUCCGUGUGGCCGCAGUGGGCGCGGCAGGCGCUGGCGAGCCUGUGUACCUGCCCCAGACAGUGAGGCUUGCAGAGCCCCGGGAGCCCACGCCUGCACCCCCUGGCCCUGAGAGCCGGCAGGUGGCAGCUGGGGAGGACUUGUGUCUGGAGUGUGAGGUGGCCGAGGCUGGUGAGGUCAUCUGGCUGAAGGGAACAGAGCGCAUCCAGCCCAGUGGGCGCUUCCAGCUUCUCUGCCGGGGUCGGCGGCAGACGCUGUUGAUUCGGGACUUCUCAGCGGAGGACCAGGGCGAGUAUCGCUGUGCCCCUGCACGGGACCCUGUCUCUGUGGCAGCUGCUGCCUUCCAGGUGGUGCUGACCCCAGAAUCUGGGGAUGAGGUCCCCACACAGCCCAGCCUGCCCCCUGAGGCAGCCCAGGAAGGCGACCUGCAUCUCCUGUGGGAGGCCCUGGCCCGGAAGCGCCGCAUGAGCCGAGAGCCUACGCUGGACUCCAUCAGCGAGCUGCCCGAGGAGGACGGACGCCCGCAGUGCCUGCGGCAGGAGGUAGAGCAGGAGGCUCCCGACCUCUCUGAGGACUCUUCCACGGCUGACGAGCUGGCACGCACUGGCGAGGCUGACCUCUCACACACCAGCUCUGACGACGAGUCCCGUGCGGGCACUCCUUCCCUGGUUACCUACCUCAAGAAGGCUGGGAGGGCCAGUGCUUCACCACUGGCCAGCAAGGUUGAGGCCCCAGCCGCCCCUUCUGGGAAGCCACAAAAGCAGCAGGAAAAGCCAGCUUCAGUACCCCCACCACCAGGAGACCUGAGCGUUGGGGACUUGGGUGACCUAUCUGUGGACAAGGCAGCAGUGAAGAUCCAGGCUGCCUUCAAGGGUUAUAAGGUCCGGAAGAAGAUACAGCAGCAGGAGGGGCCUGUGUUCUGCCACACGUUUGGGGACACCGUGGCACAGGUGGGAGAUGUCCUGCAUCUGGAGUGUGUAGUGUCCAGCAAGACAGAUGUGCGUGCCCACUGGUUGAAGGACGGUGUGCAGCUGACUGAUGGCCGGCACCACCACAUUGACCAGCUUGGGGAUGGCACCUGCUCUCUGCUGGUCACUAGCCUGGGCCGGGCCGACGCUGGCCACUAUACCUGUCAGGUGAGCAACAAGUUUGGCCGUGUGGCCCACAGUGCCUGUGUGGUGGUCAGUGGGAUGGAGAGUGAGACCGAGAGUUCCUCCGGGAGUGAGCUGGAUGACACCUUCCGCCGGGCCGCCCGGCGGCUGCACCGCCUGUUCCGCACCAAGGGCCCGGCAGAGGUUUCAGACGAGGAGAUCUUCAGCGCUGACAAGGGCAAGGCAGAGCCCGAGGAGCCUGGGGACUGGCAGACAUACCGCGAAGAUGAACAGUCCAUCUGCAUCCGCUUCGAGACGCUUGCCGAGGCCCGCCGGGCAGCCACCUGCUUCCGGGACAUGUUUGGCACGCUGGACAACAGAGUGGACAUCAGCCUGUCAGAGCAGGGGCUGCAUGGGGUGGAGAUGCGCAUUGGCAAGGUGGCCUCCACCCCUGCAGCGCCUCCGGAGCCAGUACUGGCUGCAGAGGCAGCCCCGGUGUUCCUGACUGAGCUACAGAAUCAGGAGGUGCUGGAUGGGUAUCCCGUGAGCUUUGACUGUGUGGUGACAGGCCAGCCCGUGCCCAGUGUGCGCUGGUUCAAGGACGGGAGGGUGCUGGAGGAGAAUGACCACUACAUGAUCAGUGAGGACCAGCAGGGCGGCCACCAGCUCAUCAUCACAGCUGUGGUGCCAGCAGACAUGGGUGUCUACCGCUGCCUGGCUGAGAACAGCGUGGGUGUGUCCUCUACCAAAGCGGAGCUCCGCGUGGACCUGACCAGCACCGACUACGAAACUGCUGUGGAUGCCACGGAAACCUCGUCCUAUUUCAGCGCCCAAGGCUACCUGUCCAGCUGGGAGCAGGAGGGCACGGAGUCUACCUCAGAGGAGGGGCAGCUGCCACAGGUUGUGGAGGACCUGAAAGACCUCCAGGUGGCCCCCGGCACACGUCUGGCCAAGUUCCAGCUCAAGGUGAAAGGCUACCCCACACCUCGACUGUACUGGUUCAAAGAUGGGCAGCCCCUGACUGCAUCUGCACACAUCUGCAUGACGGACAGGAAGACACUGCACACCCUGGAGAUUGUCUCGGUCACCAGCGAGGAUGCUGGCCAGUACUCGGCCUACAUCAGCAACACCGUGGGUGCUGCUUAUUCGUCUGCUCGGCUGCUGGUCCGAGGCCCCAAUGAACCAGAAGAGAAGCCAGCAUUCGAUGUACAGCAACAGCUGGUGCCACCCCGAUUCCUGGAGAAGUUCACCUCCAAGAAGGUGAAGAAGGGCUCCAGCAUCACCUUCUCAGUGAAGGUUGAAGGAGACCCGCUCCCAGCUGUGCAUUGGCUGCGGGAGGAGGCUGAGCAGGGUGUGCUGUGGAUCGGCUGCCACACGCCGGGCUACACAGUGGCCAGCUCUGCCCAGCAGCACAGCCUGGUCCUUCUGGAUGUGGACCGUCAGCACCAGGGCACCUACACCUGCAUCGCCACAAACACUGCUGGCCAAGCCCUCUGUUCCGCAAGCUUGCACGUCUCUGGCUUACCUAAGGAGGCUGGGGCAGCAGAGGAGCAGGCCAGGGUGAAGGAGGCCCUCAUCUCCACCUACCUGCAGGGGACCCAAGUUGUUUCUGAACAGAUGUCUCAACCUUCAGGUUUCACAGACCUUGCUGGGCAGAGGAAAGGAGAGCUUCCGUCAUCAGAGGCCUGUGGCCACCUGUCCUUGGCCGAGGUGGGCACGGAGGAGUUCCUGAAGAAGCUCACUUCGCAGAUCACAGAGAUGGUGUCAGCCAAGAUCACACAGGCCACGCUGCAGGUGCCUGGAGGUGACAGCGAUGAGGAGUCCAAGACGCCGUCCGCAUCCCCCCGGCAUGGCCGGUCACGCCUCUCUUCCAGCGUCCAGGAGUCAUCCUCAGAGUCCGAGGAUGGAGACUACCGGGGAGAGAUCUUUGACAUCUAUGUGGUCACGGCUGACUACCUGCCCCUGGGGGCUGAGCAGGAUGCCAUCUUGCUGCGGGAGGGCCAGUAUGUGGAGGUACUGGACUCGGCGCACCCGCUGCGCUGGCUUGUGCGUACCAAACCCACCAAGUCCAGCCUCUCUCGGCAAGGCUGGGUGUCUCCUGCCUACCUGGACAAGCGGCUCAAGCUGUCACCUGAGUGGGGGCCAGCCGAGGCCCCUGAGUUCCCCGGGGAGGCUGUGUCGGAGGAUGAGUACAAGACGAGGCUGAGCUCCAUCAUCCAGGAGCUGCUGAGCUCGGAGCAGGCCUUUGUGGGCAAGCUGCAGUUCCUGCAGAACCACCACAUGCAGUACCUGGACCACUGCCCCCACGUGCCCACGGCCGUGGCCAGCCAGAAGGCAGUCAUCUUCCGAAAUGUGCAGGACAUCAGUCACUUCCAUAGCAGCUUCUCACAGGAGUUGCAUAGCUGUGACACGGAUGAUGACGUGGCCAUGUGCUUCAUCAAGAACCAGGCAGCCUUUGAGAAGUAUCUGGAGUUCCUGGUGGGCCGAGUGCAGGCUGAGUCGGUGAUGGUCAGCACGGCCGUGCAGGAGUUCUACAAGAAAUACACUGAGGAGGUGCUGUCAGCCACAGAUCCUUCGCAGCCACCCCCACCAUCCCUGCAGCACUUCCUGGAGCAGCCAGUGGAACGGGUCCAGCAGUACCAGGCCCUCCUCAAGGAGCUGAUCCGCAACAAGGCGCGGAAUGGACAGAACUGUGCACUGCUGGAGCAGGCCUAUGCAGUGGUGUCGGCCCUGCCACAGCGUGCCGAGAACCAGCUGCACGUGUCGCUCAUGGAGAACUACCCGGGCACCCUGGAGGCUCUAGGCGAGCCCAUCCGCCAGGGCCACUUCAUUGUGUGGGAGGGGACACCGGGUGCGCGGAUGCCGUGGAAGGGCCACCACCGGCAUGUCUUCCUGUUCCGCCACCACCUGGUGGUCUGCAAGCCCAAGCGGGACUCACGCACUGACACCUUCAGCUACGUCUUCCGGAACAUGAUGAAGCUGAGCAGCAUCGACCUGAACGACAAGGUGGAGGGCGAUGACCGUGCCUUCGAGGUUUGGCACGAGCGGGAGGACUCAGUACGCAAGUACCUGCUGCAGGCGCGGACGGUCAUCACCAAGAACUCCUGGGUGAAGGAGAUCUGUGGCAUCCAGCAGCGCCUGGCCCUGCCCGUGUGGCGCCCCCCGGAAUUUGAAGAGGAGCUGGCCGACUGCACGGCUGAGCUGGGCGAGACAGUCAAGCUAGCCUGCUGUGUGACGGGCACACCCAAGCCCAUUGUGAGCUGGUACAAAGAUGGGAAGCCAGUGGACGUGGACCCUCAUCACAUCCUCAUUGAAGACCCUGAUGGCUCGUGUGCCCUCAUCCUGGACAACCUGACUGGUGUUGACUCUGGCCAGUACAUGUGCUUUGCAGCCAGUGCUGCUGGCAAUGCCAGCACCCUGGGCAAGAUCUUGGUGCAAGUCCCGCCUCGGUUUGUGAACAAGGUCCGGGCAGUGCCCUUUGUGGAAGGAGAAGAUGCCCAGAUCACCUGCACCAUCGAAGGUGUCCCACACCCUCAGAUCAGGUGGUACAAGGACGGGGCCCUGCUGACCCCUGGGGGCAAAUACCAGACCCUGAGUGAGCCCCGCAGCGGCCUGCGGGUGUUGGAGAUCCGGGCAGCUGGCAAGGAGGACCUGGGCCUCUAUGAGUGUGAGUUGGUGAACCAGCUGGGCUCCAAACGGGGCGGCGCGGAGCUGUUCAUGCAGAGCCCGGCGUUGCAGGCCCGAGAACAGCACCACGUGGAGCAGCUCGCUGCCGUGGAAGAUGCUGCCAUCGCACCCCCAGGUGCUCUGGGGCAAGUGGACCAGGAGAGCACAUCCAUCCAGAGGACACUGAUGUGCCCUGAGGCUCCGGGACCCACCACAGGGGAACAUACCAGCCCCGGCCCCAGACCUGGGGGGCCACCUGAACUCCAGGAGGCCGGCCAGAAUCCCCUAGGAGUGGAGGCUGGGGAUGCAUCCGGCGAGCCCCAGAAGGUGCCGCAACGUCUCUCCCACGAGGGCCUGGAGCAGAACUCCCGGGCACACGCUGAGGUCCAGGAACGCAUGGUGCCCAUCCGGAUGGAGGACGCUGCCUGCCCCAGGGCAGGUGCAACGGAGCUCUGGGACAUCCACAGCCACGUGUUCACAGAGACCAAGCACAGGACAUAUGUGUACCAGGCCAGCGACAUGUAUGCCACAAGGCCCCCAUCCAUGCAGGUCACCAUUGAGGAUGUGCAUGCCCAGAGGGGCAGCGUGGCGCAAUUCCAGGCUGUCAUUGAGGGCAACCCGCAGCCCACGGUGACCUGGUAUAAGGACGGUGCCCAGCUGGUGGAUGGCCCCCAGCUCAGCCAGCAGCAGGAAGGGACCACAUACUCCCUGGUACUAAGGGAUGUGGCCCAGCAUGACGCUGGUGUCUACACAUGCCUGGCCCACAACGCUGGCGGCCAGGUGCUAUGCAAGGCAGAGCUGCUGGUCCAUGGGGGCGACAGUGAGCAAAGCUCUAGGAGGAAACUGCACUCCUUCUACGAGGUCAAGGAGGAAAUUGGAAGGGGUGUGUUCGGCUUCGUGAAGAGGGUGCAGCACAAGGGCAACCAGAUGUCCUGCGCCGCCAAGUUCAUUCCCCUGCGGAGCAGGACACGUGUCCAGGCUUAUCGGGAGCGGGACAUCCUAGCAGGGCUGAGCCACCCGCUGGUCACUGCACUGCUGGACCAGUUUGAGACCCGAAAGACCCUGAUCCUCAUCCUGGAGCUGUGCUCGUCGGAGGAACUGCUGGACCGCCUGUUCAAGAAGGGUGUGGUGACAGAGGCCGAGGUCAAGGUCUACAUCCAGCAGCUGGUGGAGGGGCUGCACUACCUGCACGGCCAAGGCAUCCUCCACCUGGACAUAAAGCCCCCCAACAUCCUGAUGGUGCAUCCUGCUCGGGAAGACAUUAAAAUCUGCGAUUUUGGCUUUGCCCAAAAAAUCACCCCGGCAGAGCCACAGUACAGCAAGUACGGCUCCCCUGAGUUUGUGGCCCCUGAGAUCAUCGAGCAGACCCCUGUGAGCGAGGCCUCCGACAUCUGGGCCAUGGGGGUCAUCUCCUACCUCAGCCUGACCUGCUCGUCCCCAUUUGCUGGCGAGAGUGACCGAGCAACCCUUCUGAAUGUCCUGGAAGGGCGGGUGUCCUGGAGUAGCCCCAUGGCCACCCACCUCAGUGAGGAUGCCCAGGACUUUAUCAAGGCUGCUCUGCAGAAGGCUGUGGAGGCCCGGCCCAGUGCCGCCAAGUGCCUUGCCCACCCUUGGUUCCUGAAGUCUGUGCCUGCGGAGGAGGCCCACUUCAUCAACAGCAAGCAGCUGAAGUUCCUCCUGGCCCGCAGCCGCUGGCAGCGCUCCCUGAUGAGCUACAAGUCCAUCCUGGUGAUGCGUUCCAUCCCGGAGCUGCUCCAGGGCCCGCCCGACAGCCCAUCCCUCGGGGUGGCCCGGCACCUGCGUGGUGAUGUCAGUGCCUCCUCCAGCAGCUCUUCCUCCUCCGACAACGAGCUGGCACCGUUCGCCCGGGCCAAGUCGCUGCCCCCCUCCCCGGUGACCCACUCCCCGCUGCUGCACCCCCGGGGCUUCCUGCGGCCUUCCGCCAGCCUGCCUGAGGAGGCCGAGGCCUGCCCACCCGCCGCAGUGUCGCCCCAGGGUGCACAGCCACCAGCUGCCCUGGGCUGUGUGCCCCGGCAGAGUGUCAUCCAAAGCCUGUUCUACCAGCAGGUGGGCGAGGGCCCAGAGCUAGGGGGCCUGUCCGCAGGCAGCAGACGGCACCCCGCCCGGCGGCGGCACCUUCUCAAGGGUGGCUACUUCUCGGGCGUCCUGCCCGGCCUUCGAGAGCCACUGUGGGAGCACCGUGCGCUGGAGGAGGAGGCUGCCAGGGAGGAGCAGGCCACCCUGAUGGCCGAAGCACCCUCCUUUGAGACCUCCCUGCGGAUGCCCAGUGCAAGCACCCAGGAGGCCUCUGGCUUCAGCCGCUCCCUGGACCUUGACGGGCAGAACACAGCCAGACCCUCUGCCAAGGCCUGCAGCAAGGGGCAAUGUUCCGCUCUGGGCCCCUCGAGCCUUCAGGGGGCCCACGGAGAGAGCAUGCCGGGAGGGGAUGCACAUGCCAGGGAGAAGGAGCAUCCAGAGGGGCCCCUGCAGGGGCUGAGGCUAAUUCCGUCCACCGGUGGUGAUGGGUGCUCCGCUCAGCAAGAGGGGUCAUUGCAGGACAGCUGUGGAGGGCAGGCUGCCCCUUUCUUUCAACCCCAGAGGAGUCCUGCCCCCCAGGACUGUGGCACCCCUGCUGCUUUGGCACCACAACCUCCUGGCUCCUUCCCUCCAGGGCACUGCAUAGAGCCGCUCUUGACAUCCCCGAGCCCUUUCUUCUCAGGAAAGCCACAGGCCUCCCCCUCCCCAGCCCAAGCAAGCCCCCAGUCAGACUCUGAGAGAGGGCUGAAGGACACCCCUCUUGCCGGGAGGCCUGAUCCACCCAAACCCCCAGAGCCAGCCUCCCAUAUGGGCAUGGAGCCCGGCCCCUCCCUGGACACUGAAAUUCUGUCCCAGGAGACAGAGGGCCUGUCCCAGGAGACAGAGGGCCUGUCCCAGUCUUCGCCCAGCCCACAGCGGCCUCAGAAGCUGGCGACCACACGGAAGUUCUCCCUGGGAUUCCAAGGGGGCUACGCGGGGGUGGUGGGCUAUGGCACCUUUGCCUUCGGUGGGGAUGCCGGUGGCAUGCUGGGUCAGGGGCCCCUGUGGGCCAGAAUGUCCUGGGCUGCCUGUCAGUCCUCGGAAGAGGAGGAGGCAGGGGCCGAGAGCCCACCACCCCAGGCCAGCACAGUGCCUCUACCUGAGGGUGGCAGGGCCCUCCUGAGGGCCUCCCAGGAGGUGAGCUCACGGGAAGACUUAAGUGGGGGCUCUCAGGUGUCGCUCGUACAGAUCCGGGACCUGUCCAGGGACCUGGAAGCGGCUGACACUGUGUCUCUGGACAUCUCGGAGGUGGAUCCUGCCUACCUCAAUUUGUCUGAUCUGUAUGACAUCAAAUACCUCCCAUUUGAGUUCAUGAUCUUCAAGAAGGUCCCCAAGCCUGUGGAGCCAGAGCUGCCACCCUCCCCUGAGUCUGAGGCUGGGGAGGAGCUGGCUGAGCUCCCAGAGGCCGCAUGGCCGGGCAUUCUGGGCCCUCCAGCAAGCCUGGAGAUCACAGAGGAGCCAGAGGACAUGGAGGCCCUGCUCGGGGAGGCUGCUGGUAGCAGGAAGCGCAAGUGGUCACCCCCUUCCAGCAGGCUCUUCCACUUCCCCGGGAGGCAAUCACUGCUGGAGGAGUCCACAGAGCUGGGGCUACGCCAGAGAGUGAGGGCCUCGGUGGCCCACAUCUCCCGCCUCCUGAGGGGCAGGCCUGAAGGUCUGGAGAAGGAGGGCCCCCCCAGGAAGAAGGCAGGCCUAGCUUCCUUCCGCCUAUCAGGCCUGAAGAGCAGGGACCGAGCACCAUCGUUCCUAAGGGAGCUCUCGGAUGAGAUGGUGGUCCUGGGCCAAUCUGUGACUCUGGCCUGCCAGGUGUCGGCCCAGCCAGUUGUACAGGCCACCUGGAGUAAAGACGGGGCUCUUCUUGAGAGCGGCAGCCGCCUCCUCAUCUCCUCCACGCUCAAGAACUUCCAGCUUCUGACCAUCCUGGUGGUGACUGCCGAGGACCUGGGCGUGUACACGUGCAGCGUGCGCAAUGCGCUGGGGACGGCGGCCACCACAGCCAUUCUCCGGAAGGCAGAGCGCCCCUCUUCCUCCCCACGCCCGGACAUCGGGGAGGUGUAUGCGGACGGGGUGCUGCUGGUCUGGAAGCCUGUGGAGUCAUAUGGCCCUGUGACCUAUAUUGUGCAGUGCAGCCUGGAAGGCGGCAGCUGGAGCACGCUGGCCUCGGACAUCUUUGACUGCUGCUAUCUCACUGGCAAGCUUUCUCGGGGCGGGGUGUACACCUUCCGGACGGCCUGUGUCAGCAAGGCGGGCAUGGGCCCCUACAGCAGCCCCUCGGAGCAGGUCCUCCUGGGAGGCCCCAGCCACCUGGCCUCUGAAGAGGAGAGCGGUGCCUCAGGGCCAGCCCAGCCGCUCCCCAGCAAGCAGACCUUCGCCUUCCAGACACAGAUCCGAAGGGGCCGCUUCAGCGUGGUGCGGCAGUGCCGGGAGAAGGCCAGUGGACGCGUGCUGGCUGCCAAGAUCGUGCCCUGCCACCCUGAGGACAGGACUGCCGUGCUGCGGGAAUACGAGACCCUCAAGGGCUUGCGCCACCCCCACCUGGCACAGCUGCAGGCUGCCUACCUCAGCCCCCGACACCUGGUCCUCAUCUUGGAGCUGUGCUCUGGGCCUGAGCUGCUCCCUUGUCUGGCCGAGAGGUCCUCCUACUCGGAAUCAGAGGUGAAGGACUAUCUGUGGCAGAUGCUAACUGCUGCCCAGUACCUGCACGCCCAGGGCAUCCUGCAUCUAGACCUGAGGUCUGAGAACAUGAUUGUCACAGAGUACAACCUGCUCAAGGUCAUCGACUUUGGAAAUGCCCAGAGCUCCGCCCAGGAGAGGGUCCUGCCCGCGGAGAGGUUCAAGGACUACAUGGAGACCAUGGCUCCGGAGCUCCUAGAGGGCCAGGGUGCCCUCGCGCAGACCGACAUCUGGGCCAUAGGUGUCACGGCCUUCAUUAUGUUGAGCGCUGACUACCCGGUGAGCAGCGAGGGAAUGCGAGACCUGCAGAAAGGGCUGCGCAAGGGGCUCAUCCAGCUGAGCCGCUGCUACGCGGGGCUGUCCGGGGGCGCUGUGGCCUUCCUCCGAAGCACGCUGUGCGCGCACCCCUGGGGCCGCCCAUGCGCAUCCAGCUGCCUGCAGUGCCCGUGGCUGACCGAGGAGGGCCCCGCCAGCUCCCAGCCUGCGGCCGUGACCUUCCCCACCGCAAGUCUGCGCGCCUUCGUGAGAGAGCGCGAGAAGAGGCGGGCGCUGCUGUACAAAAAACACAACCUGGCCCAGGUGCGCUGAACGCCUGGCCCUGCGGGACCGCACCUCUCAGUCUUUCAGGACUCCCUUCAUAUGUAU